AUGAAGAACAACAACUUACCAAAAUUCUUUUUGUCCGUUAAACUGAAAUAUGUGAAACUUGGUUACCACUGCUUGGUUUCCAAUGCCAUGUACCUCAUGCUCAUGCCAUUACUUUGCAAGAUAUUGGCUCAUGUUUCAACCUUCACAGUUGAUGAGCUUUUGAAUCAACUCAAAUUCAAUUUCGUGGUUGUAGUUCUUUCCUCAACCUCAAUUGCUUUUACUGCUACACUUUACUUCAUGAGCCGUCCAAGAAAAGUUUACUUGGUGGAAUUUUCAUGUUACAAGCCUGGACCAGCUCAUAAAGCAACUAGAGAGCUCUUCAUGCAGUUAUCUUCAGCGUCCAAGGUUUUCACAGAGCAAAGCUUAGCCUUUCAAAAGAAAAUCCUGGAGAAAUCAGGCUUUGGUGAAAUGACGUAUGCUCCAAAAGGCUUGAUGCAUGUCCCACCAGACCAGUCUAUGGCUGAGUCGUGGAGGGAGUCAGAGAUGGUGAUGUUUGGAGCAAUUGACGAUCUCUUGGCCAAAACAAUGUUGAAGCCCAGAGACAUAGGAAUACUUGUAGUGAAUAGCAGUUUGUUCAAUCCCACGCCGUCUCUCGCAGCUAGGAUUGUGAAUCACUACAAGCUUAGAGGGAACAUUUUGAGCUAUAAUCUUGGUGGUAUGGGCUGCAGUGCAGGACUUAUUUCUAUUGAUCUUACCAAAGACCUUUUACAGGUGCAUCCCAACUCCUAUGCCCUAGUGGUGAGUACCGAGAACAUUACACGCAACUGGUAUUUUGGCAAUGACCGAUCGAUGCUUGUCACCAACUGCCUCUUCCGUCUGGGAGCAGCCGCGGUCCUCCUAUCCAAUCGGACUUUUGAUCGUCGGCGCUCAAAGAAGAAAAAUCUUCAAAAUGAAGAUAAAGCCAUAUAUAUUCCUGAUUUCAAGUUGGCAUUUGAGCACUUCUGCAUUCAUGCUGGAGGAAGAGGUGUGUUGGAUGAGCUUGAGAAAAAUCUUGAGCUCACUGAAUGA